AUAUGUAUGUAAGCAUACAUGUAAUGCUGCUUCUCGUGUUAACAACACAGCACAAAUGUUUGGGAUUUUACAUCAGGAAUAAUGAUGAAUCCCCAGCAAAAGUUGGUGCUACGUUUGAUAGUCGCAACAAUGAAUGGGGAAUUCUUCAAAAUAGGCUUGGACUAUCCCAUGAAAAAGUCGAGAUUCUCAAAUCGCAAAAGGAUCAGCAAGGCACAAAGAAGUUGCUGCAUCGAUUUAUUAUGGAAAACCCGAAGUACAUAAGUACUUCAACAACUAAUAAAAAAAAACGUUCGAGUAACCAGUUUAAGCGACUUUUCCGAGCUUUGGUUAACAACUUUGAAAGCUCAAAGAGUACGCUACAAACAACUUUUAAAUUUGAGUUGACAGAUAGGCCUUUAAAGUCAUUAAAGCGUGGUCGGCGGAAGAUUGCUGUAAAUAUGGUGUCUGACAUGUCGUCUGAAGGAGUGGACCAAUUACUUAAAAGUUUUUACCUGAAACACAAUAUCGACCAAUCAAAUUAUGAUAAUGACAAAGCUGAUCGACCCUCUGAUAAUGGGGAUUACAGUGAUAUGGACAUACUACGAAGUCAAUUAAUGGACACAGACUCCGAUUAUGCGUAUGAUAACCUUUACGAAGACGAAGGCGAUGUAGGCCUUACUGCUAAAUCCCAUCAAAAUUCUGAAUAUGGUUCUUUCCAAGAUUUAAUCCUACAGGCAAAAAGAAACCAAUGGGAAACGGAAAAUGAGGAAACCAAGUUGCAUAGUCCCAUCAAUGACCACUUUAUAUAA